AACGGCUGGUAUUCUCUCUUCUUCAAAACCAGAUGAACUGAGGUUCACACUUUACAGCUACGUGUGUUGGGAAAUGAUGUGAACGAUAUCACGGAUGCUACAUUCGGUCUGCAUUCGAUCUCUUUCGGCUUGGAAAGAAGAUCUAGAGAGAGAUGCCAUGAUGAAUGCCCACGGCUGAUGAGAGAUGUCCUAACCUGCACUGAAGACUGAGAGGGAGAAUGGAGGAUAUGACAUCUUCAUCAGAUCCUCACUGACUCUCGUGAAGGUCCUGGCAGUGUCCGACGGUGAGCUGAACAUGAUCACGUCAGAGGACCACGGCAGCUGCCACAGUUUAGACAGUAGCCCCCACCCACACGACUGUCAACACUCCGCUGCGGGGAAGGUGGCCAGCUGGGCCGUGAGCUUCGAGAAGCUUCUGAAGGACCCCACUGGUGUCUGUUACUUUGAGGCUUUCCUGAAGUCAGAAGUCAGCGCUGAGAACAUCCUAUUCUGGCGGGCAUGUGAGAAGUUCAGCCAGAUACAAGCUCAUCAGAAAGAGGAGCUAUCCAGAGAAGCUCGAUCCAUCUUUGACAACUACCUCUCAGACAGUGCCUUCCAUGCCGUCAACAUCGAUGAGACAGCUCGCAUAACUGAGAGUGACCUACAAACUCCCACACCAGACAUGUUUCAUAAGGCUCAGCAACAGAUUUUCAAAUUGAUGAAGUUUGACAGCUACACUCGGUUCAAACGCUCCCAGCUCUUCCAGAAAUGCAUGCUUGCUGAAAUGGAGGCUCGGCCAUUACCAGGGCUUGGUCCCCGGUCCACAAACUUCGGGGCACUGCAGAACACCGGCUCUGACUGCAGCUUCAGCAGUGAACGCCAGAAUAAGGUAAAGCUUGGAAAGUGUUCACAUCUAGAAAUGGAGGCAGAGAGGAGAAGAGGUCAGGAGAGCAGAGCGGUGUGGGACAGAGGUGACCAGCAGAGAAGAUCAUGGGAAGCCAAGCUGUCUGAACGGUGCAUGGUCUCAGGGGGCCAGCGUGUAAACUCGGCCAUGCAGAGCAUGGUGUCCGGCCCCAGGGAUUCAGAACAGGGGCGUGUCGCGAUUAGGCAGACGGAGAAGUACUGCUGCGUGUACCUCCCCGACGGGACGGCCUCUCUGGCCCCCGCCCGCCCCGGCGUCACCAUCAGGGACAUGCUGAGGGUGCUUUGCCAAAAGAGGGGGUUUGACCUCUGUGACAUCACCCUCUACCUGCAGGGCAAGGACAAGCAGCCACUGUCCCUGGAUCAGGACAGCAGUGUGCUGAGGGAGCAGCAGGUCCUCCUGGAGCUCCGCGUCACCUUUGCUGUGGAGAUUGCCUUCAUGGAGAGCAGAGUGAGAAUUGUGGUGAAGUCCAGCAAGAGUCUGCAGGAGGCGCUGUCCAUGGUGCUGCAGAAGCAUGACCUUCGACCCCAGGAUGUCGUGCUAACCGUGAGUGGCUGCAUGGAGCCGUUGAAAAUGGACAUGCUGGUUUUCCCUCUGGCGAACAAGACGCUGCUUCUGGACAGAGUGAAAGGUGAACUCCCCCACAGUGGCAGUCCUCCGGGCAGUGUUCCCGGCUCCACCUUCCAGCGUAGAGGAGCGAUUACCUCAGAAACUGCAGAGGGCCUUCAGCCAAUCGGAACCCGAGCCAGACCUCACAGGGCGAGAAUUACUGCGGCGAGGAAAACCUAUGACAGGGAUGCGCUCGCUGCCCUGCUCUCCAGGGCGCAGUGGUGCAGUAUGGAUGACCAGCGGUCGUUACUGAGGAAGGAGCAUCUGGUGAUGCCCAGCUUCUUGGAGCUGCCCCCAGCGGCAGGCGAGGAGGAAACAGAGGAGGCACAGGGGGAGAACAGGGGGAGCGAGGAGCCCAGUCCCACCUCCGCCAGCCCCCCUACACCCUCAGGGGCCCCCGCGCUGUCAGAAGAAGAGGGAGCAGUGGGCAUGGCUGCUCCCGACAGAAUGGACUCAGAUGCUCAAAGCCUCUCCCCUUUGUCUCGGCCUGACGGAUCCUUCUUCUGCUCAGACUUAUCUCGAGAAACAGUGGUGUGAGUGUGUGACUGGGGGUGAGUGUGUGAGUGUGUGACCGGGGGUGAGUGUGUGAGUGUGUGAUUAGGUGUGAGU